UUCGCCGCAAUCGCCAAUUUGUGUCUUGUCUUUACAAAGGAAAGGUGUCACUGCUUCGCAAAAAUAUUUUUUAAUGUUAGGUAUUGUUUGUUUGUUAAUUUUGAGUUUUUCACUGAUUUUCGUUGGAAAAGGACCCUUAAAGUAAUUUAGGAAAGCCAAAGAUCAUCCGCGAAAUGUGGAUUCUGACAAACUCCGCAGGAAGGACAUUUUUUGUGUCCGGAGACAAGGAUGUCCACACGGUGGGAAGGGAUCCCACAUGUAGUCUCAUAAUUGAGAAUGACAAGUCCAUCAGUCGCGUUCACGGACAUUUGAAAGCAUCCCCGGAGAGAUUGAUUGUCGUGGACACAGGAUCGCGAUACGGAAUCUUUUUGAAUGAGAAUAUUUCGAAGAUUGUACGUUUGCCCAUAAAGGAGGAUGUUGAACUGAAGAAAGGGGAUGCUGUAAAGUUUGGGCGAUUUGACAGCAAAUGGUGUGUGGAGAAGAAGGAAAUCAAUGCCUUGUCAUCAUGCCUCCAGGGAGAGGAGGCUGGGAAAUGGCAGAAGAAUAUGCAGGUUCUAUGUGGAAAAGUCCAAAAGACCUGGACAAAUACCUGCACACACUUGGUCAUGUCAGAAGUGGUUGUUACCAUGAAGGCUCUCUUGGCUCUUGUUUCGGGUGUACCGAUUGUUCUUCCGGACUUCUUUGCAGCCCUUCUCGAGAGCGUGAAAAUGGGCACAGUGCCACCCAAAGAGGCGGAUUUCCUUCCACCAAUCCGCGAGGAUAAUCUCUCGAUGCAGAAUUGUUCCUUCCACCCCGACGAGGAAAGGCGCCGGGUGUUUGAGGGGAAACGUUUCAUCUUCCUCAGUCAGGAAGUCAUGAAUCGCUAUGAGGCAGUAAUUCAAAUGGCUGGUGGAAUCUCAGUGAGCAUUGAAACAUCAACGCCAAGCCAGCGUUCAUACGUACAGCUGAACACAAUUGUAAUCAGCUCGGAUACAGCACCAGGAGCACGAGAGUGGGAGAACGUGCAGAAAAUCGAGAAGAAUCUCAAAGAGAAGGGCUGCCGUUUUAUUCCCGACAAGGAAAUAGCUCUGGCAAUUGUCUUCAAAUCCACAAGGAAGUUCUGCAAUCCUCGGUACAAUUUUACAACGGACUUCCUGACUGAGUCCAGUGAGAACAAUUUGAGGGGAGAAAUUCUUGUAGAAGAUACUCCAAAUUUCAAUAAGACUCCACUGGACAGGUCGCACAUUGAGCUUCCGGAAACUCAUCCAGAUCAUAAUUCUGUGAUUGCGAUUGAGAAUCCUCCGCUGGUACAGAGUGAAGAUUUGAUUGAAAUCCCAAAGAGUUUCGAAGAAGCUGUGAUGGAGGAGCCAAAGGUAGCAGAAAAGCCUCACAGGACAGAGAAGGCGCCCAUGUUGGAGAAAACAACAAAACAGGAUGUGCCUCAGAAACAGAAUGAGCCACAAAAGCAUGUGGAGCUUAAAGCUGCGGAGAAGAGGAAGCGACUGUCAUGGAGAAGUGCAGAUAAAGACAUUGCCGCUCCACCUGGAAAGACUCCAAAGAAGAACUUGGAACACAUGGAAACUAAUUCGUUGCGUGCAGACCAAGAAAAUCGACCAAAACGAAAUGAACCAGAUGCACAGUCAGGGAGAAAGCGGAAGCUCAAAAGUCUCAUUGAUGACCCUCUGGAUUAUUUCGAGAUGACUGUCAAGAAGAAAUGUACAAAGCCUCCAGAUAAGACUCCAAAGCCUUCUUCACACACCCAGGAUUCGUCAAGCGCUUCUAGUUCCUUCACAUCCAGCAGCAAUCUAUCCAACAUUCCACCUUCAGUGACCAAAUCCACCGGUUGGCUAAGCAAGAAGUUUUUUCAGAUCUCGCUAGAAGAUAGCGAAAUCAAAGAUGAAGUGAAGGAUGAGGAAGACGAUGAAAACUCAAAGUGGGUCAACUCCCUGAAAGCGGCUGUGAAGGUGCAGACAAAGGAUAUGGAUGUAUCAAUCAGGGACAUAACAAAUGAACCAGUGGGCACCGGUACAAGCAACACCACAGAUAACACAUCCCGAAAUUUUAAAGCUUUCAAGAAGAAGCAGAAGUUCAUCUCACAGAAGGUGGUCGAAAAGUUGGUGCAGAUCAGCUCCAGCAACUUUGAAUGAUCUGCAGACAAAGUGCCAUGUAUACAGGGUGCAUACGAAGAAUUUUUCAUUGAAAUAAACCUCUUUGCAUUUCAUUAAA